AUGCGCGGACCAUAUGUGGUUUUAGCGGUGUUGUCGCAGUACAGAUAUGAACUAAAAUUGGUCGCUGGUUUCUAUGGUAAGACCAUGCUGAUGCCCUGGCGCGGGGUAUGGACCCCUGAUGUGUGUGCCGCAUUUUUUGAGAGUGGCGAUGAUGAUGACGAUAGUCCUUCCUCACAACAACCGCACGCGAUAGCAGAGUCAUCUCCUGAUCUAGUUUCAAUAGACCAGCCUGGCGCCAGACGGGCGAGGACGCACCGUCAAUCAUUGACCAGAGCUAACCAAGAGUUUUACACGCCUACGCGAAGUCGUGGGAGGCCUGCAGCUGUAGAGCCUUUAAGGAAAAGGAGACGACGAAUAGAGCUACCUCUACCCGAAAUCGCCAAUGACGGUUCUGGCGGCAUUGAUAGCGAAGAUGACUUACUAGUAGCUCAGUUACAACAAAACAAAUACAACGAAGAAAUUUCAGGAUCACAACCGCUUCAAACUGUCUCUGUACUGCGUAAUGAAUCCAAUAAAUAUUUCAAUGACAUGUUAAAGACUCCAGAAACAAUAUCAAGACCAAAAACUACAACUAGAGUCAAAGCUAUUAAUAGCCUUGCUCAAGAAUUGACCAAAUCUAAUUUCACUUACAAGGAAAAUAAGGCGGGGCCAUUCAAAGACAUUUCAAUCCCCAGAAAUCUGCAGAACCUACCAAGGGACGAGGCGGCAUAA